GCUAGAUUCUCACAAAAGGGGCUGAAAGUAACCAUAACGAGCGCAGGAAACACUACAAGCUCCGCUGAAGAAGAUCAUAACUGAAACUGAAGGCGACAUCCCGCUGUCGGUCCGUCCGGUGCUCAGUCCAGUUGUUCCAAAUUUUGACCAUCCACGACACGCACCGCCGAUCAGUCUCAAAAGCUUACAUUAUCAAUCCGGCCUGGAUAUUGUAGAUGGGUGGUGAUGCAGCUCCCAAGUUGGAGAGCAUUGACCGUUGUACAGGGCCAGAAGCAAAGUGUUCAAAAAGGUCGAGGGUCUCAGCGCGGGUGUCACGUUCGGUUUGCUCCAUGGCAUCGACCCAGUCGUCGUAGAAGGACCAAAUUGGUUGACGAGGGGGAUUCCUUCCAGUCUGUCUAGGCGACUUUCGGGGAUCACGUUGGAUGCGGGGCCAGUUUUGAAAAACCAGGGGAGACGGCUGGCGAUAAGAUUAGCCUGAAGGCCCUUUCCCGACACUCGCCGGUCAAUAUGCACUUUGGUUGAGGAAAUGAUCCAAUUAGAAGUGUCCUCAGAAAGGCUUGCAGCAUACCGCCGCUGACAGAAGCGAAGGUAUAAAGGGCAACUGACCACAUUCCAUUAAUUAUUCUCCGAUGGAUGUUGUGCCUUUUGCUCUCCGUCUCUUUGUGCUCAGGCAAACAUAUCAUCAGCGUCUUCUCAGCGGCGUCAACCAUGCUGGAGCAACUCAGUGGUUUGAUGGAGGCAGCCCCGCCACUACCAGUCGCUGUGCUAGCUUGCCUCGGGGUUUACCUCAGUGGCGUGUCAUUAUACCGACUUUACCUUUCCCCGCUUUCCCGUUUUCCAGGCCCAAACUUGCAGCACUCACGGGUUGACACGAGCUUUACUACAACAUCAUUAAAGACGGCCAAUACUACUUGAAGGUACAGAAGCUGCAUGAAAAAUAUGGCCCCAUCAUCAGGAUCAACCCCUGGGAGCUCCAUGCCAGCGACCCAGUGUUGUUUUCUCAGAUUUACUCAUAUGAUGUCAAGCAUCGUAUCGAGAAAUAUGUCUGGUCUCAGCAAGGGCUGCGUCUGAUUGACAACUCCCACAUUCUGACCAAGUCGUAUGAGCUACACAAACUGCGACGAAAGCCUCUUGCGACAUUCUUUUCUUCAAGAAACACCGAUAAUAUGGAGCCGAUUAUUUGGCAGAUCUCACGGCAAAUACGAUCAAGACUCCAGAAGCUUAACCGAUCAGGUUCGGUGGUCAAGAUGCAAGACCAGUUUACGGUCGUAUCCGCUGAUCUGGUGGCCGCUUUCAGUUUUGAUGAUGCGGUAGAUUUGACGGAGACUGAUGAACUACAACUUCCGGGCUCAAUUAGCUCGGGUUUUGGCUUGAUUGAAUCAUUUCUUCUGGUUACGGGUCUAAUCAACGCCAUCCCCCCAACUCUCCUCUUGCGGCUGGCGCCGACGGUGGCAACGAAUAAUCGCUUGUAUUUGCUCGUUAAAAAGCAAUUUGACUCCUCCCGUGCCGCGCGCAUCUCAACAUCCAAGAUCACUGUCACCACCUCAGACGACGAAUUGACAGAUGAACUUCUCAGUCCCGACACCAAGCUCAUUGCCCAUCUUCUGAAUAGCAACCUAACCCCACACGAAAGGACUCCUGAGAGGGUCUGCGCGGAGCUACUCACAAUAUUCAUGGCGACCAUCUUCAACAUACCACGGGUAAUGAUGGUGACUACAUAUCAUAUCUUGGCCAAUCCAGACCUCAAGGAGAAGCUCAGCUACGAAUUGGAUGACCUUCUCGGACCCGAUAUGGACUCAAAGGAGGAGACGCCGGUUUGGAUAAAGCUCAACAAAGCAGAGUAUCUCAAGGCUUGUGUCAAGGAAGGACUUCGCCUCUUCUUCGGAGCCCUGCGCGGGUCAGCCAGACGAAACCUCGACGUCCCGAUCGUAUACAAAGACUGGGUUAUCCCCCCCGGUACACCAGUGGGCAUGUCUGCCUGGAUGUUGAACACCGAUCCUGAGGUCAAUCCUGAUUCUCUCGCCUUCCGCCCAGAGCGGUGGUUACCAGGGAAUCACAAGCCGGAAAUGGACAGGAAGUUUGCAAGCUUGGGUAGAGGGUCCAGGACAUGUUUGGGGAUUCAUCUGGUUUAUGUCUUCAUGUGACAUCUCCUGGUUGCAAAGUUCGGACUGGGGGAUCGGCCGGAACUGAUGUUGUAUGAGACGGAGGAGUCGGAUGUUGCCACGACACUCUCUGGGCUUUCGGGGUUGGCGAAGACGGG